CCCAGUCCUAUCCAUUGACGACAGUUUCCUUUUCCUUGUGGCAUGGUGUCGGCAUAGGUACCAAGAUGCAGAUCUUCGUCAAAACCCUCACGGGCAAGACCAUCACUCUCGAGGUCGAGCCCUCAGAUACCAUCGAGAAUGUGAAAGCCAAAAUCCAAGAUAAGGAGGGGAUCCCUCCUGAUCAGCAGAGACUGAUCUUCGCCGGCAAGCAGCUGGAAGAUGGCCGCACUCUGUCGGACUACAACAUCCAGAAGGAGUCGACGCUCCACUUGGUGCUCCGCCUGCGUGGUGGCGCUAAGAAGCGCAAGAAGAAGAAUUACUCCACCCCCAAGAAGAUCAAGCACAAGAAGAAGAAGGUCAAGCUUGCCGUGCUGAGGUUCUACAAGGUUGACGAGAACGGCAAGAUCCACCGGCUUCGCCGCGAGUGCACGGGCGAGCAGUGCGGCGCCGGCGUGUUCAUGGCCGUCAUGGAGGACCGCCAUUACUGCGGCAAGUGCCACAGCACCAUGGUCUUCAAGGACGACGAAAACAAAUAGACUAAGACUACCCUCACCUUAGUGUAAGACUCAGCUCGGACUGCUGUGUAUGAUGGAUUUUGCGAAUAAAUCUUGACACAGUGUCGGAGUA